ACCCGUGACAUGGGAUGCAAUUGAUGAGUUGGCAGUGGUUGGCAGCCAGUUACAAGUUGUGACGUAGGAGCGGCGGAAGGAGGGUUAGUGAAUGGUUAAGUGGUCUGGUGAAGGUUAGGAAGUGUACAUGUGUAUACCACGUUGAUUAGUUUAUCAAUCACUAUUGUAUUACUAAUUUUUUCAAAAUGAAAAUUUUAAAUUUCAUAUUUCUUGUUACCCUGGCAGUGUAUAUAAAUGGGAACGAGGAAGAAGAGACCGCUGCCAGAUUGCUCAUUUCUAAACAAAUACUAAACAAGUAUCUGGUUGAAGACAUGGACAUUGUAGUUAAGUACACACUGUACAAUGUUGGUGCCAGUGCUGCCCUUGGAGUUCAGCUGAGCGAUAACAGCUUCCACCCAGAAGCUUUCACUGUCGUGGGCGGACAGCUCAACAUUAAACUUGAUAGGAUUCCUCCAGGGACCAACGUAUCUCAUGUGGUGGUAGUCAGACCAAGGAAGUAUGGUUACUUUAACUUCACAGCUGCAGAAGUCAACUACAGGCCAACAGAGGACGCAUCUGAACUGCAAGUGGCUGUGACGAGCGAGCCAGGUGAGGGUCUCAUCAUUGCCUUCCGUGACUAUGACAAGAAGUUCUCGUCACAUGUGUUGGACUGGGGAGCAUUUGCAGUCAUGACUCUACCAUCACUAGCAGUUCCAUUCUUGCUGUGGUACUCCAGCAAGUCCAAGUAUGAGAAGUUGAGCAAGACACACAGUGGGAAGAAAGAGCGAGGAACAACCAAGGAGUGAAUAUUGAAGUGUUACAUAUGAUGCAAAUAAGUAUUUAAUAAAAAUGUUUAACAAAAUAUA